AUGGCCUCAAGUAGUGAUCAAACACGUGAGUGGCACGUCAUGUCGUAUAAUAUGGAGACAAGAGGUUUAAGAAGUCAUACAAAACGGAGACAAUUGUUGGACACAAGAAGUGAUGCCAAGACUCGCAGCAAAAGUCAAGUCACGAGUGAAUCAAAUGAAUGUGAAGUCAAUCGCAAAGACUCUUUCGACCGCUUCGGCGAUGAUUUGUGUCAACACUUACUGUCUUAUUUGGCACUCGAAGACCGGUUCCGCGCGGAAUGUGUGUCCAGACAGUGGCAGAGAUUCGUAUUCACGACACAUAAAGACAUGAUAUUUGACACAAGUCUUAGGCGCAGAUCCUAUGAAGUAAUCCUCAAUGCAUGCCAACACGUGACACGAAUUGAAUUUCCCGAUCAGUGGCCGUAUAUUAAUCACUUAAUACUGGACUCAGUUAUUGUGAAUUGCAAUCAUUUGAAUGCACUUCACAUGAGGUCUCACACAGACAUCAGCGUCCAAACGAUGGACACGUUUUUGGCU